ACGAAGCAUUUCCGCCGUUCGAUGAUCGACUAGCUGCAGAAUAGUAAAACACAAUUUGGUCCUGGAGCGUUUCGUCUGUUGUUCCCAAGGAGGGGUUGUAGAUGGUGAGGAACCCGAGUUGCGCGGGAAUCACAGAGAGAGUUUCGUUGUCGUUCAUAUCAUAUUCGGGUGCGCACACGACCGCCGUCGACUAUAUUAACCAUAAAUCGGUUAUAUUUUCAGUCGAAGAGGUGGUUGUCGGUGUUGUCGUUGCGCAACGUCAUUUUUGGGAUUGAAUGCGGAGAGCUCAAGACUUUCGGCAGUUCCGCAGUUUAGCUUCCGCGCGUCGAGAUCAGCUCGCGUGUCCCUGAGGGCUUCUUGUCGUGGUCACAAGCUUUUUAUAUCAGACUAGAAAUGUCGUCUUACAGAUAUUCUGCUAUAUAUAUUCUGCGCAAUCAAUUACAAUGCAGCCGCACGAUCGGACGUCGAUGGUACUCGGACAAGUCGAUUGAUCCCCUUCGCAUACUGUUCUGUGGCUCCGACGAAUUCAGUGUUGCUUCUUUAGAAGCUCUCCGCGCCGAACAGUUACGAUCUCCGCAGUUGAUAAAGUCGAUUGACGUUGUAUGUCGACCGGGGAAGAGGGUUGGUCGGGGCUUGAAACAGAUUCGCGAAGUUCCGAUCAAAACGACUGCAUCGAAGCUUGACCUGAGAAUACACGAACUAGAUACCUUCAAAGGAUGGACUCCUGAUGGGCCAAUUGACCUGAUUAUCGCUGUGUCUUUCGGCCUGUUCGUUCCCUCUCGAUUACUUACAGCCGCAAAGUACGGAGGCGUCAAUGUCCAUCCUUCAUUACUCCCAGACCUUCGAGGUCCAGCACCUAUACAUCAUACCCUCCUCUCCGGACGAAGGACAACGGGAAUAACACUUCAAACCCUCCACCACAAACAUUUUGAUCACGGAAUUAUACUAGACCAAACCCCUGCACCAGGCAUCCCCGUCCCCAAUCUAGAGUAUUGCACGGUACCUGAACUAUUGGGAUUUCUCGCACCGAAGGGCGCAGAAAUGCUGAUCAACGGAAUCCGCAAUCGUGUAUUCGUGCCUCCAUUGAAGGAAGUCAACUCUCAGGUCAAUAAACUCAAUUCCAAAAGUCCUAUACACGCCGCAAAGGUAACACCGGAAGAUCGCCAUAUAAAAUGGAAAGAAUGGACUUGGACUGAUAUCAACCGUCGGCAACGAGUCUUGAGUUCCCUGUGGAACAAAGCACUCAUUCCAGCCCAAAAACCGUCUGCAGAUGAUCCAAAGAACUUCCAGUGGAAGAGAGUCAUCUUCGACGAAAUUGAGGGAAUUUCGCAGGAUAGUGUUCCCAAAAGUCAAUGGCUUUCAUUGCUGCCAGGGGUACCAUUUAUCCCCAAACCAACUGAAAGCAACUCCCGCGACAGCGCAUUAUACGUCUAUACUGCAGAUGGCAAACUAUUACGUCUAAACAAAUUAAAGGUCGAAGGGGGGAAGUUCAAUAAUGCGCUUAUUGCUGCUCAAAAGGCUCAUAUGUUCUCCCCGAAGAGUUUUCGUGCUACGGAUGCUGAGUUUAGCUUGUUUUAUAAUCCUUUGUGUUGA